GUUUAUCCGUAGUUGGAGGGAGUAAUUCGGGCUUUACCUGCACAUGUUUGUGACAGCGGAGGAUGUACCUCCUCUCGCCACAGCUCGCUAAGAACCGACGUCACCAUAUUUAGCUAGCUAGCCAGUUGUUUUGAGAGAAGAAGAAAAGAGCUGCAGGCGGAAGAACACACCGGGGCUGCUUCGGACAGGAUCCAGCUUUAUGUGCCUGCUGUAGCCUGUUUUUUUCCCCAUUUCUUUUUUUUAUACAUAUUUUCAACAAUGUCAACCCCGGCGAGGAGACGGCUUAUGAGAGAUUUUAAAAGACUUCAAGAAGAUCCUCCCACCGGCGUGAGUGGAGCACCAUCAGAGAACAACAUCAUGCUUUGGAACGCUGUAAUUUUUGGGCCUGUGGGAACACCGUUUGAAGAUGGAACGUUUAAGCUUCUGAUAGAGUUUUCAGAGGAGUACCCAAACAAGCCUCCCACAGUUCGGUUUGUCUCCAGAAUGUUUCACCCAAAUGUUUACGCAGAUGGCAGUAUAUGUUUAGACAUCCUUCAGAAUCGCUGGAGCCCCACGUACGACGUGUCAUCCAUUCUCACCUCCAUCCAGUCGUUGCUGGACGAGCCAAACCCAAACAGUCCAGCCAACAGCCAGGCCGCACAGCUCUAUCAGGAAAACAAGAGGGAGUAUGAGAAGAGAGUGACGGCCAUCGUGGAGCAGAGCUGGGUGGACGUCUGAGCCCCGCUCGCUCUCCGCUCCUCUCUCCAUCACCCUCUCUUCAUCGUCCCAGUACUUCAGUCUCUCAUUUUUACCUCCAUCAUCAAGGGGAAAAAAAAAAGAAGAAAA